GUUUUUUUCAAGAUUGGGACAAUAAGGGUUGAAGGAACAAAGAGACAAUAGAAAAAAUAAAAAUGAUAUUGUAUUGUGUUGUAUUGUGUACCUGUUAUUUUUAUGUAGACACAUAUAUAUGUACAGAGAUUUGAUAGGGGUUGCUGAUAGAGGAUGGAAAAUUUUCAACAGAGCAGGCGCCUUUUGAUGAAGCACACUGGUUCCUGGAAACUGGAGAAAAGAAACAUCACGAUCAGAGCCACGCGAGUGGCCGUAAGAUACGUAUCAAUUAUAAUUUAGAAAUUUUGAAUUUAAAAAAAAAAAUCAUAUCAGCAAAAAUUAAAAUAUAUCUCCGAUAAAAAUUUUGAAAAAGUUUUUUUCUUUAUUUUUUUUUUGGUGAAUUUAAAUUGUUUUUCUUGAUUUUUUUUUAAAUCAGUGUGAUAGUGAUGGAGUUGAAAUAUAUUGUGUAUUUUUUAUCACUCGUUAUUACAAUUGGUUUUUGUCAAAAUAGUGAAAAAAAAAAGGAGGAUGUUUUAUCUCCUGUAUUGACAUCACAAAUUAACAUUAAAGAAAACUGGAAUGAUUUACAUGAUCCUGGUACACCCUACGACAGAUUUACCUGGGAUACUGUUUUGUCAAAUGAAAGAAAACGACAUCAAGAAUCAUUUAAAAAUUCAUUCAACAAUAAUGACAAUAAAAAAAGCUCAUCAAUUGAUAUUUUACUUGAACAGUUAAAUGAAUAUCCAAAAUUAAUAAAUGACAAUAUUAAAAUACGUACACCAAUAAAUUCACGUAUUAAUAAAUUAAAUAAUCAUAAACAUAAAAAACAUUUUAAAAAAAAUGAAAAACGACUUAAUAAAAAUAAUAAAGUUAAUAAUAAAAAAAAAAAAGUUAAACUAAAUAAUAACACUGUAAAUAAGAGAAAAAAUUUACCCGAAAGUUUUAAUAAUUAUAAUAAUGUUAAUAACAAUAAUAAUAACAAUAGAGUUGAAGAAGAGUUGACGAAAAAUUUAGAAAAUGAAAUAUUAAAAUCCCAUAUACAACGUGUAUCUGAAUUUAUUGAUAUUUCAAAUGAUGAAAUAUUUAAAGAUUUAUCUGAUGACUAUGAUAAAUAUGUUAUUGGUGAUGUAUCAUGUAUGAAUGGUACAUUCAAACCAGCUCCACAAAUACAAAAUGCUCUGAUAAAAUAUGUAAAAUCUUCAAAUCCAGGCCAAGAAUAUUUAGAAGCAGACUAUGAAUGUAUUUCGGGUUAUUCUAUGUCAUCAAACAGUAGCAGACUAUUGUGUAAAAACCGUGAAUGGAUAGGCGAGCUUCCAUUAUGUGAUAUAAAAAAAAUAAAAAAUGAAGCAUGCUUAGAAAUACAUUGUGAUCAGGCAUGUCGUGAAAUAAAUAAUACACCAGAAUGUAUAUGCUACGAAGGUUUUCAUUUGGAAGAUAAUAAAUGUAUUGUAUAUUUAUAUUUUUUAGAUAUAGAUGAAUGUGAAAAAGCAAAUGGUGGAUGUCAAUACAUAUGUGUCAAUACCAUAGGACACUUUCGGUGUGAAUGUCCCACAGGAAUGAAAUAUGGAAAAGACAACUUCACAUGUAUUGAUAUUGACGAGUGUUUUUCAAACAAUGGAAAAGGACCAUGUCAAGAUAUUUGUAAAAAUUUCGAUGGUGGUUACUCUUGUUCAUGUGAAAGUGUACCUGGUACUGUACUGACAAGUGACAAUCAUACCUGUCAAGAUGUUGGCCCUUGUUCUGUAGACAAUGCUGGAUGUUCUCAUACAUGUCUUGAAACUGAUGGAAGAGUUUUUUGCCUUUGUCCAGAUGGCUUUGUCUUACAAGAUGACUGGAAAACUUGUCAAGAUGUGGAUGAGUGUUCAGUAACUGAAUUGCAAACUGAAGAUUGUCUGAAUGGAUGUAUAAAUACACCGGGUUCAUAUCAUUGUACUGAUCCACUUGAAUCAAAGGAUAAAGCUUCAAUUGAAUUUCCAGAAAACGAUUGUCCUCCUGGCUAUAAAAAAUCCCCAUUUCAAAAUUCAUGUAUUGAUAUUAAUGAGUGUGAUGAUGAUAAUGGUGGCUGUAAUGAAAUUUGUGAAAAUACAAAUGGCAGUUUUUUUUGUGCUUGCAAUGGUGAUGAAAAAAUAUUGUCAGCUGAUGGUAAAUCAUGUACAGAGAUUAAUGAAGUUUUAUGUCCUGCAUUGAAACAAGUUAAACAAGGUAACCUGGUAUGUUCAAAACAGGAAACUUGGAAUCCAUUGGUGGCACAAAGAGCUAUUCAUCGACCUGGUACUAAGUGCUAUUUGAAAUGUCUACCGGGUUAUCAACUCCUUGGGGAAUACAAUCUAAUUUGUCACGGUGAUGGAAACUGGAUUGGUACAAAACUUGGUGAAUGUGUUGAAUAUGAAGAGCCUCAUUUGGAAUGUCCAAAUGACAUAACUGUUGAAUUGCCACCGGGACAAGAUGAGGUAUUUGUAAAAUUUAAUCAGCCAAUAACUGAUUUAGAUUGGUUUCGUAAUGUUCGAUCAAUACCAUCAUGGGGUAAAAGAUUAGAGGCAGUACUUAAAACUGGCUUACAUGUUGUUACAUUUUAUGCAAGAAAUUCAAUGACAAAAAAACAAACAAGCUGUUUAUUAAGAAUUAUUGUAAAAGAUGGUGAAUCACCAAAAGUUCGCGAUUGUCCGAACAAUAUUAUCGGUAAAAAUGGCACAUUGAUUAAUUGGCAAGAACCGAUAUUCACCGAUAAUGUCAAAGUAACAAGAAUCACCAAUAAUCAGAGUUCUGGACGUAUUUUUGGCAUUGGUCAAUGGAAAAUUACCUACGAAGCAAGUGACGAAGCUGGUUGGUCAACAGAAUGUACAUUUGAUGUUAUUAUUCAUGAAUAAUUGAAAUAAAUAUACAACACAAUAAUUAAAUAAAUAAAUAUUAAUAACAAAAUAAA